GAGUCGCGUUGGCGUUUUCUAAACACAGACAGACAUUUCGAUGAAGACAGUCCAGGUCAGAAGAUGUGGCGACUGUAACUGAAUCUGGAGCCAGACACACGGAUUGGACAUGCCCAGGUUGUUCUACCAUGGACACAGACAUGAUACCAACAUUCACUUCAAAAGACCAGGAGAUUGACUACUGGAAGGCCUUAUCCCUCAAGUAUAAGAACAGUUACCAUGAGGCCCAGGAGGAGUUGCUGGAGUUUCAGGAAGGGAGCAGAGAGCUGGAGGCAGAGUUAGAGGCCCAGCUAGGACAGGCUGAACACCGCCUCAGAGACCUGCACACAGAGAACCAAAGACUGAAGAGCGAGUUGGACAACCUCAAGGAGAAGUUGGAGCAGCAGUAUUCUCAGAGCUAUAAGCAGGUCUCCAUGUUAGAGGAUGACCUGGGACAGACCAGAGGAAUCAAGGAACAGCUUCAUAAAUAUGUCAGAGAACUGGAGCAGGCCAACGAUGACCUGGAGAGAGCCAAGAGGGCGACCAUCGUAUCUCUGGAGGACUUUGAGGGUCGUCUGAACCAGGCCAUAGAGAGGAAUGCCUUCCUGGAGAGUGAGCUGGAUGAGAAGGAGUCUCUACUGGUCUCAGUACAGCGACUAAAGGAUGAAGCCAGAGACCUGAGACAGGAGAUGGUGGUGAGGGAGAGGACUGCAGACAGGAUGUCAGCCCCCAGCUCUCCUACCCUGGACAUGGACAAGAUGGACUCUGCUGUCCAGGCCUCCCUGUCCCUGCCUGUCACCCCUGUAGGGAAGGGCAUGGAACACCCGUUCAUCAACCCUAAAUCAUCAGUGUUAACAAAUGGCUGUGGGCCUGGCGGCUCACCUUUGACCCCAUCAGCAAGAAUCUCUGCUCUUAAUAUCGUUGGGGACCUUCUUAGAAAAGUGGGGGCGCUGGAGUCCAAGCUAGCUGCAUGUAGGAACUUUGCCAAGGACCAGGCGGUGAGGAAAACCUACUCCACGUCGUCCACCAACAUGAUCACUGGGAACGGAAACCUCAUCAACAGCAACGCCACCAAGUUCUCUCACUCACUACACACCACCUACUAUGACAAAACGGCUGUGAAUGGACUGGACCCCAGCACCCUGAGUGCCCUGGCGUCGCCCCGGACUGUCUCCCCUCCUGGCAUGCUGCCUCUCACCGUUUAGCAUGGCCCCCACCUCUGUACAAGCUCCCCGCAGAACAAGGUUACCCUCAUCCUUCACCCCAACCCCCACACCAAAUCUCUGUACAACUCCUGUACGCCCCGCAGAACACUAAGAGGAGAGAACACUUGAAGAACCGUUACUGUGUGUGUGUGUGUGUGUGUGUGUGUGUGUGUGUGUAGCAGAGACACUUGACUGAAUGAUUGAAAAGGCCUCACUCACCUAUGAGUGGGUGGGGUUGGAUGCUGGGUGUGUGUGUGUGUGUGUAUUUAACAUACAGGCACAUGCCUCUGCCUGAGCUGUUCUUUGCUCAUGUGGAUGAUGCGUUGGUGACCUCUGUGCUCUGGAGUGUCUCCAUUUUGGCUCCAUCAGUUUAUCAGUUUCACUCUAUAACAGCUAUAUAACAGCAACUGUACCUGACAAAGGUCCCCAACGGACUGCAGCUUCCCUCCUUGUAACCUUUUUAUUUACUUCUCUGAAUGAAUUGCACAAUUACAAAUAAUUUAUAUUUACAAUGUUGUAUUUAAAAAAAAAAAUGAAAGGGGACUUUUUGCAAAGUGAGAUGGUUUCAUCGUCACUGUAUCUGUGCUUUAAGAUGCAAUAUUUCCUGUUUGUGUUUUAUGUUAUGGGGUCAGAUGGAGUUGAUGACCCUUAACCUCUAUGUACCGAAGAAUGACUGAAUUAAUGUUUACUGUGUUCAGGCUGUGAUCACAACCAUGUUCACUUAUUGGGCUGCAUCUCAAUAGUCCAGUUAAUAGCCUCAUCUCCUCGUCUCCUUCCUCUCAGUAGUCCAGUUAAUAGCCUCAUCUCCUCGUCUCCUUCCUCUCAGUAGCUCAGUUAAUAGCCUCAUCUCCUUCCUCUCAGUAGCUCAGUUAAUAGCCUCAUCUCCUUCCUCUCAGUAGCUCAGUUAAUAGCCUCAUCUCCUUCCUCUCAGUAGCUCAGUUAAUAGCCUCAUCUCCUUCCUCUCAGUAGUCCAGUUAAUAGCCUCAUCUCCUCGUCUCCUUCCUCUCAGUAGUCCAGUUAAUAGCCUCAUCUCGUCUCCUUCCUCUCAGUAGUCCAGUUAAUAGCCUCAUCUCCUUCCUCUCAAUAGUCCAGUUAAUAGCCUCAUCUCCUCGUCUCCUUCCUCUCAGUAGUCCAGUUAAUAGCCUCAUCUCCUUCCUCUCAAUAGUCCAGUUAAUAGCCUCAUCUCCUCGUCUCCUUCCUCUCAGUAGCUCAGUUAAUAGCCUCAUCUCCUUCCUCUCAGUAGCUCAGUUAAUAGCCUCAUCUCCUUCCUCUCAGUAGCUCAGUUAAUAGCCUCAUCUCCUUCCUCUCAGUAGCUCAGUUAAUAGCCUCAUCUCCUUCCUCUCAGUAGCCCAGUUAAUAGCCUCAUCUCCUCGUCUCCUUCCUCUCAGUAGCCCAGUUAAUAGCCUCAUCUCCUCGUCUCCUUCCUCUCAGUAGCCCAGUUAAUAGCCUCAUCUCCUCGUCUCCUUCCUCUCAGUAGCCCAGUUAAUAGCCUCAUCUCCUCGUCUCCUUCCUCUCAGUAGCCCAGUCAGUCUUAGAGAGAAUGAUAAAACAGGACUGGUAAAAGCCACAUGGAUGAUCCAUCUCUACCAGAAAUGAGCUUUCACCUGUAAUUUCCUUCCCAUCAGUGCAGAGGAGGGAAAGGAGAGAAGACGAGGAAACCACUUUAUACUAUUGAGAUGCACCCCCAAGUCCCUAUUGUCCUGGGUGUGGGCUGGCCAGACAGAACAGACCGGUCAGCUGGUGGACCAUCUGUAGUCUGAGAGGGAGGGAGGGACCUCCAUGUUAAAUAGCCUGGAAACAUCAGCUGCUGUCCUCUUCAUUAAUGAAGUUAGGUCUGCUUCACCACAGACUGUACCGUCCUAAUGGCACCCUAUUCACUAUCUAGUGCACUCCUACUUUAUAUAAGCCUUGGAUGGAUGGCCGGUGAUGUUCAGGGGAAGACUAAGCCCUUACUACUUCAUGUAAGCCUUGGAUGGAUGGCUGUGUAUUUAUGAGUUUGGUACCAUGUUAUAUUCAUUUAAUCCCCUAUUCUGAUGCGUAAUUAGUAUCAGACAAAACUGUUGCUUUAUAGAAACAAACAAGUCAACCCUGAGCACAGCAGUGCGUCAGACAAAACUUACUUAUUCACAUUGAUAUAUAUAUACUGUACUGUACUGUGCACCUGUUGGUAGUUGAAUCUUAUCCACCAUAACCUGCAGAACAGAAUAUCCAGCAACAAUAACCCAGCAGUCCAACCAUCUAACGGGUAUAGGGUGAAGUUGCCUUAGAUGCUGACCCUGGGUCAGUUUUUCCCUUUACCCCACUAAUGGUUAAGGUUAGGAUUGGGGAGGGGAAGCUGAUCCUAGAUCUGUACCUAGGGGAAACCUCACCCUAGAGCUAUCUAACAGUGGGUCACGCUUAUCCCUUUUUCUAGACUAGAUCCUAGCCUGGUUAAACCAGACUGAAUGCUGUGUUCACCAUGAGGGGAGUGCUCAGUCUAGUUUUAAUCAGGCUAAAAAUGCUCGUCUUUGACUAAUAUGCAAAUCGCUAUUGGUGACCAUUUUGUCACGUUGGCUCCUGUCCUGUCGAUGAAACGUUUGUAAUAGAGAACCUCAUCUCAGAAUGACAAGCCUCUUCCUGGUUUCUGUCGUUGAUAUUCAUUUGUGGUGUAUUUUCCAUCCCCCAUUCUGACUGUCUAUCUUCAUCUGGGGUCAAUAGUGCCCCUCUCCUAUCACAGCCUUAAAUGAAAAGCCUUGAGGCCAGUUUCCCAGACACAGAUUAGAGCUGCAAUGUGUAGCUUUUAGGGUGACCUGACCAAAUUCACAUAGAAAUGUUAUAGAUCUGUUAUUUUCAUUGAAAACAAGUCUAAGAAGGUGGUAGAUCUGUUAUUUUCAUUGAAAGCAAGUCUAAGAAGGUGGUAGAUCUGUUAUUUUCAUUGAAAACAAGUCUAAGAAGGUGGUAGAUCUGUUAUUUUCAUUGAAAGCAAGUCUAAGAAGGUGGUAGAUCUGUUAUUUUUCUAUGCUUCCUGUUUUAUAGUUUUGUAUUUUUUGGGGUCUUUUUACUUUGGGUUUUGUACACCGGCUUCAAAUCAGCUGAAAAUACAAUGUUUUUGGAAUAUAUAUUUCACAGCGGUUUAGAUGCUACAAUGAUUCUCUACACUCUACUCGCUUGUUUUCUCACAAGUUGAAAUUCAAAUUCAAGCAACCAGGAAAUGGCGGUGCGAUAUCUGCACAGUGCAUCUUUUACGCCUAGUCUUGGACUCCAUGGAGAUUCUCCAUUCAGCAUGAUUUAGAAUCCAGCACUAGGCUUGAUCUGUGUCUGGGAAACUGGUCCUAAAACUAUUCCACCUAUUCUAGAACUAUCGUUUGGUUACUCCCAGGGUCUAUGAUGUCACCCACCUCUACCAUGUCACUCUGAGCUCUAUGUCAGCCUGUUGCUCUGUCCCCAUAUAUACAGGGUUGGAACUAAGCAUUGUAACUCUGCCUAACAACACAUUUGUACAUACCAACAUCUGGCAUUAUUACAGUUCUAUUUAUUUCAGAUGUCUUUAUGGCAUGUUUAAAAUGAAGAACCUGAGUUUUACUAUUGUACAUCAGUCCAAGAUCACGUAUCAUGAUGUACAAUUAGUUGUCCAGUCUGUUCGAUAAAAUGAAAUAAAGAUAUUGAAAAAAUAAGUAGUGAAACUCUGUUGUCCAGCUUUAUAAAUCCCAUGAGAAAGUGAACCUAAAGGUAAUGUUUUCCUGACUAGUUGGUUUGAGAGGAUAGAAGACUCAUAUUAUAGGAGUUAGCCUCCCACUGUGAUUGGCUACAAACACACGAUGCUGUCUCUUUCCAGAUGGACACGCCCCCAACACACAUACUGUACAGAUCCGCUAAACACACUGGGACAAUUGCAACCCAAAAAAUAUAAAGGGAAAUGUCCAGAAUAUGGUUGUCACAGUUAUCAAAUAAAAUGUUCUUGUAAACAGA